AUGAACAGACGAGUAAUUCGAUGGUGGAACGAAAGUCAACAAGAAAUUCUCAUUGAUAAUGUGUCAUGUCAUGGUUUAGCGAUGGAUAAAGAUGGAUAUCCUUAUGUUUCUGAUUGGAAGAAACAUGAAGUGAGAAAAUGGAAAAUGGGCGAAGGAAAAUUAGUUGCUGGCGGAAAUGGUCGAGGAAAUAAUCUGAAUCAAUUGUAUCAUCCCGAAAGAGUGAUUGUUGAUAAAUGCGGAGGAAAGGGGUCAAACCAAUUGUCGUAUCCUCCCGGCUUAUCAUUCGAUGCUGAGGGAAAUCUUUAUAUUGUUGAUUUUGGAAAUGUACGAAUUCAAAAAUUUGACUUAGUUUGUUAA